GGCAGGAGGGAAUCGGGAUGGGAGCUGGGGAGGAUCAUGGCGGAUCGGCUAACGCAGUUGCAGGACGCGGUGAACUCGCUUGCAGAUCAGUUUUGUAAUGCCAUUGGGGUAUUGCAGCAAUGUGGCCCACCUGCCUCCUUCAGUAACAUUCAGACAGCGAUAAACAAAGACCAGCCAGCUAAUCCUACAGAAGAAUAUGCUCAGUUGUUUGCAGCAUUGAUUGCACGAACUGCUAAGGAUAUUGAUGUUUUAAUAGAUUCAUUACCUAGUGAAGAAUCAACAGCAGCUUUGCAGGCUGCUAGUCUGUAUCGGUUAGAGGAGGAAAACCAUGAAGCAGCUGCCCGUCUGGAAGAGGUUGUUUAUCGUGGGGAUAUGCUACUAGAAAAGAUACAGAGUGCCCUAGCAGAUAUUGCUCAAUCACAGCUGAAGACCAGAAGUGGUACUCAUAGCCAACCUGUUCCAGAUUCAUAGCAGCAGGGGGCAGCAUUUUGCUGCAAAAGUGAACUAUUAGAUUGUGAAUAAAAUCAUAUUUUUGAAAAAGGUUCUGUAUCAAACACUUACAGUAAUUGAGCCAUACUGUUGUGUAAAUAUUUUGAGUGAACUGAUUAUGGUAAAAGCAUGUCACUUGUCAAAGCCUAAAAGUCGUCUUAUAUAGCCUCAAGUUUGGUAUGCAAAGCAUUUAUAAACUAAGAAUUGGUGUUCGUGUUGCUGGCACUGCACAUUUAAUGCAUUUCCUUUAUUUCAAAAUACUAAUUUUUUUUUUAAGUUUAGCUUCUCUUAUGCAUAGAUGUGUAUCUAAUGGGCUGUCAUCUUCACAAUGUAAAUUUGUAUAUUCCUACUGGGGAAUAAGGGAAAAUUCUUUCUCAGCAUAUUUUUGGUAACCUCUCUCUCCUCUAAAUCUUCAAGAUUAGGGGGUCUUAUUUUAUUGUGAGGCUUUUGCAGGAAAUAGAGCUUCACUGUGCAGAGUUCUGUGAGCAAAGUGCUGUGCAUUCUGAGGUUGUUCCAGUGCUCACCUCCUGCAUUGCUGUAUAUACUGUUUAAUUACCAUUUCUACUGUGACACUUUGGCAUACUUAUUACUUGACUGUAUUUUAUCUUCUUUGGCUGCAAGC